AUGAAGACUGGUCAAAGCAUGUGCGGAAUGCGUACAAAGCGGAAGCUCGGAUUCAUCGAUGGAACUCACAAGAAACCAAAAUCAGCUGCCGACAUAGAACAAUGGGAAGUGGUGAAUUCAAUGUUGGUGGCAUGGAUCAUGAAUACAAUAGAACCAACUCUUCGUGCCUCAGUGACAAUGGUCGAGGAUGCUUACGUUCUUUGGGAGGAUUUGAAGAUGCAGUUUUCUGCAGGUAAUGCAGCUCGGGUUCAUGAAUUAAGAACCGACAUAGCAUGCUGCAAACAGAAUGGAGAUUCUGUUGUAGUGUAUUAUGGGAGAUUGAAGAAGAUGUGGGAUGAGUUAGCCGUUUAUAAACCCCUACGCUCUUGUCGCUGUGGGGAAUUGACAACAUCAUUACAGCAAGAUCAAGAUGAAGAGAGAACAUCACAGUUUCUCAUGGGACUAGACAAUGCGAAGUUUGGGACUCUGCGUUCUAAUAUCACUAGUUUUGAACCAAUUCCCAAAUUGUCGCAAGUGUAUCAACGAAUUGUUCGAGAAGAACGCCAACAGAUGAUUGUGCGAAACACAGAGGAACGUACAGAGGCUGUUGGCUUUGCUGUUCAUGCUGAUAAUCGAUCUCGAUUUCAGACUGGCUAUAAUAAAGAGAUGGAGAUAGUUCGCUGCACUCAUUGUGGAAAAACAGGGCAUGAGAUCUCUGAUUGCUAUCAGAUAAAUGGAUAUCCAGACUAUUGGGGUGAAAGAGGCAGAGGUGGCGGAGUUAGAGGAAGCACUCGCGGCAGAGGUCGUGGAGGUGGAAUAGCUGGUAGCUAUGGUCGAGGCAGAGGCAGAGGAAAUCAUAGUGAUCGACAAGUAACUGCAAAUGCUGCACAGGUGAUUCCAAGCACAGUGACAGCAAAUGCAACAAGACGUGAAGGAGAUUACGACAGACAGUCUCUCCCGCAGCUUAGUGAUGAACAAUGGACGGCCUUGAUCAGCUUCCUCAACACACCAAAGCCUAACAAUGUUGAGAAACUGAGUGGUAAGAGUGACACGGUGGAAUUUAUAAUAGACACAGGUGCAUCACACCAUAUGACUUGGGAUUUAAACUUGUUGUCUAAUGUGGUUGAUAUUGUGCCGUGUUCUAUUGGUUUACCGGAUGGGUGA